AUGUCAGCAUUGAAAACGUAUUACAGUGAAGAAAUCCGGAUAUUUUUAAGAGCAAAUCAAAGAGCUGUAACUCAUUUUGACAUAUCUGAGCUAUUUGGCAGGGCAUACCUGAAAGUGCAAACUGGAGAACGCGCGGUCAAGGGAUUUGCUGUUACGGGCCUUUAUCCAGUAAGACGCAACGUUUUCACAGAAGACGACUAUUUGGCAGCAGAAGAUAAUAGUGAACAUAAAGAAACAGAAGAUGAACCCGUGUUGAGAGAACAAAUCCAGAAUGAAGAGACAUCUCCUGGAUCAGAAACCCUGGGACUCCCUGAAGAUAUAAUGAAAAUACCAAAUCUAAAAAAGAAACAAUCCAAUAGGGCAAGAAAAUCAGGGAAAGCGAAAAUCAUUACAUCUACACCGAACAAAGAUGAACUUGAAGCUUCUAUAAGCAUCUCAAAUAACAAGAAAAAAGAAGUGAAGAGAAAUCUGGCUAAUCCAUGCACUACUUCAUCUAGGCAAGCAACUAGCUCUAAAGGUCAUCCAUCCAACAGACAAAAAAAACUCUCAAUAAGUAGUUCGGAAUCAAGUUGCACUCCCUCGGUUCACGACUCUUCAGAUGACGAAAAUGAUAUCUCCAUUCAAAAUACCAGUGGUGAUGCAAGCUGCAUAUUUUGCAAAGGAAAAUUUUCAGAAGAUGUACGCGGGGAAGUCUGGGUUAGAUGUGAGAUCUGUAACAAUUGGGCGCAUGCAGAAUGUGGAGGAGUGGAGAAGAAAGAUAUUUAUAUAUGCGAUUUGUGCAAGUAA